AGUAAAGUAAACAGGGACAAAGCAAUUAAUCAGUAUUACCCAUUUUAAAAGAAAUUAUAAAAAAAAUUUGAAAGUUUCAAUUUAAAAAUGGAAAUUACUAAUCAUUCCAGUUUCUGCGUUUUUAUAGCCUGCUUUUUAUUCCAGUUCAUUCAGGGACAGAAAAUUAAUUUGGCUGAAUGUGGCAAAACCAUAAAUUGUUGGAAAACACCAGGUUGCAAAGAUGAAGGUGACUGCAGUGCUAUUGUUACAUGGAAAGAAAAUGGAAAUUCAAUCCAAUUCGAAUUGGCUGGUAAGAAGGAUUAUAUUGGUAUUGGUUUCUCAAAUGAUAAGGUAAUGGGUGACGAUUCUAUUCACGCCUGUUUAAAGCAAUCUUCAGGAGGUCCAGUAGUUAAAACCUACAAGUCUAGCGGCAGAUCUCCACCAAGUGAUGUCUCUUACAAUGGGCUAACUGGUAUAAGUAACAAAGUUGACGGAGCCGUUCUUAGAUGCAAAUUUGACAGACCCAAGUCUACAGGAAAUAGCAAUGUUUUUGAUAUAGGAUCGGGAAAGUCGUAUAUCCUAUUUGUGGCGAUAGGAGACACAGAAGGCAACGGCCUAACACGACAUUCAUCAAGAUUUUUUACAGAUUCUAAAAUUGACUUCUCCAAAAAGCCAAAUUCUGGUGGAUCUGGUGGAUCUGGCGGAUCUGGUGGAUCUGGGGGAAAUUCAAUAACAACGUAUAAUAAUCUUAAGAUUAGUGAAGCAAUUGACCUAUCCGACUGUGACGAGGAUAAAUUUUGUCACAAAGUACCAGCAGAUUGUAAUAGUGAGAAGAGUUGUCAACGAAUUAUUACGUGGAAAGCUGAAAACAAUUUCGUUCAUUUCGAAAUGAUGGGUAAAAAAGAUUACGUUGCUAUGGGUUUUUCUAGAGAUCAAUACAUGGGUGGAGAUCACAUUCAGCUAUGCCGUAAAACGUCUGAGGGACUUCCAACUUUAGAAACUUAUAGGUCAUAUUACAAAACUUUAAGUAAAAUUGAUUUUGGAGGAUUCUCAAAUGCGAGAGAAGAAAUUAGAGACUCAGUCAUUCGAUGCCGAUUUUCCUUGUUACGUAAAAAAUAUACUUCUACGCCCUUUGAUUUUACCUCCACCAAUUUCUUUCUCUUAACGGCUGGAGGAGAAACUAGAAAUGAUAAAGUCGGUUAUCAUUUCAAUGACAGAGAUUAUUCGGUAGAAAGUAUUUACUUUAGAAUAAAUCCUCAUGGACUAGGCGCUACAGGAAAUUUGAUUAAAAGCAACUUUUUCAACAUAUUAUUCUCCGCUUUAACACCCUUUGUCCUUGAGAAACUAUACUAUUUAACGAGAUAA